AUGGGCAAAUCACCCUGCUCGACUCAGCGUCCCGGCCCAACUCCGGCUCUGCCCCCGGCUCCCGUUCGGGCGGGCAGAGCGCUCACGCCCCGCGGCUCGACUCCCUCCGUCCGAGGCGCGGCCGCCAGCCCCGGCUCUCCCGGCCGCGGAGCAGCGGCCACUCGGCGGGGCUGGAGCCCCGGCUCCCCCGGCCGCGGAGCAGCGGCCACUCGGCGGGGCUGGAGCCGGAGCGGGGCUGGAGCCGGAGCGCAGCCCGGCCGGAGCAGAGGGCGUGCGGCGCCGGGCCAGCGAGCGGAGCGGAGAAACCUCCCUCGCCAGGGGGGACGUGCCCCUUUCUGCCAGCCCGGCCCUCCGGACUCGGGUGCCCCCUCCCCGGGCUGCUGGAAGGGAGACACUCACCGAUUGUUUCUUGCCCUCCCCCGCCCCUCGCCUCCAAAAGCAGCAGAGACUCGACGAGAAGGUGCUUACCUUCCCCGGGUGGCUCCCGGGCCGGGCGCUCAGCGCCAGCCGCUCCGAGCAAGCAAGCGCUCUUUCCCCCUCCUGCGCUCCAGGCGGGUAGCUCCGGCUCCGUCCCCGCAGCCCGGCGCUCCGGAGGUGUCAGCCAGCGGCUCCCAGCUGGGGCGGCAGAGGCAGCUCCACUCUCCGCGGGACGAGGAGCCGCUAGCGGUGGGAGGAGGAGGAGGGCGGUGGCGAAGUCCCGACUCUUCCCGGGAUGCGCUGCCGAGGUGGCCGCCUCCUCCGCCGCCCAGCUCAGCUCUCUCCGGGGCCUGCCCGCCCCGCGCUGUCCCGAGGUGCAGCCCGGCCGCGUCCGUCCGUCCGUCCCGCUCGCCUUCCCCCGCCCUCUCCCCGGCGGCGAACCGCGCGGCGCACAGGCCCCGCCGGCGGCCAGGAGGACCCGGGGGCAACGGGGGAUUCCGGCCCAGCCUCCUGCCCGCUCCCCGGGGCCUGGUGCACACUCUCCGCGGGGAGAGGAGGCCCUGCCCCGGCCUGGCGAUCAGCUCCGGGAAGGUCACCGGCACGGCGGAGCCGAGCACGGAGAGGCUCCCUCCGGAACCGCCGCGGUCGCUGCUAUUGCUGCCGGCCCGGAGUCAGCGACCGCUGGGUGCCGCGCUCCGACCGGGUUCGCUCCGUGCCCGUGCCUGGAGACCGCCCCCGAGUCUGAGUGCCAGGCUGCCCCCUUCCCCUUCCUUCCUUCCUCGCCUCCCGCCCCUUCCCCGCUGUCAGCCUUCCCCCGCCGGCUCCCUCCGGCGCCCGGGGCCAGGCUGCCCCCUGCGAGUGCCGGGGCCGCGGCUGCCCGCCCGGCGGGCCGAGGCGGAGCCGGGAGCGGCCGCCGCUGCCGCUCGGCGGGUGCCGGGAGCCGCACGCCCACCGCCGCGCUGCCCCGGGCUGGCUCAGCGGCGGCUGCAGCGCCCGUGUGUCUGUGUCAUGUCUGUGCCUGGGCGGGCGGAGGCGCGGGCCGAGGCGGGGCCAGCCCGCUCUCACGCCGCCCAGCGACAGGCGCCGAGCGCCCAACCAGCGACGGCCGCCGCCGCGCAGCGCCCACCCGCGCAGCGGGGCGCCCCGGGCCGCUACACCUGGGCAGCGCCGAGGGGGCCCCGCCGCCGUGACAGCCAGCCCGGGCCGCGGCCGCAGUCACAGCCAGCCCGGGCCGCGAGGGCAGCGCCGGCCCCGCGCCGCCGUGACAGCCAGCCCGCGCCGCCGCCUGGCCGCCGGUCCCGAGCGCCGCCUGGCGCGGGUAAGUGCAGGAAGGGCGCGGAGCAGCCCGGCCCGGCCCCCGCCUCGGGCGCCGGCGGCGGUGGAAGACCCAACUCCGAGCGCCGGUACCGCGUCAGGAAUGAAUAA